AACAAGGUCAAGUCUCGCCAGGCUCAGCUCUCGUCUGCCUCUUGCCCUUUCCACCCCUCUCCUGCCUCUCCUCUCCUCCCAAAUGGCAUACCUCCCACUCCCAACAUGGUCAGAUCACCUCGACAAGGUCACCUUGCUAGGCCUUCCCAUGAUCGGGAGACAGCUGGAGCUCUUCUUUUCGGGCAUCGCCUUCUGUCUAGGAGGGUGCUACUACGUCACACAUGCAAGCACAGAUUCCAGGACACUCCUCACACUCACUGGAACCGUAAUGGUACUCCUAUCCAUACAUUCCAUUCUCAUACUCGAGAUCAGCUGGCGCGCCCAGAUGCUCGAUGUCAAAACCUUUGACCAACGAUGGAUGUGGGAGUACGUGGCCACACAGCCAACACGAGCAACCAUCAUGGCUCUCAGCCAAGGAUAUCUCGCUUGGAGGUACUACGCCCUCAGCAAGACGUCUCGCACACAUGGCCGCGUAGCCAAGCUCGUCGCUCUGAUGACAGCCACCGAGUGGACAAUGUACAUGAUGAUCACGCCCAUGACACUCUGGAUGCACUUUGGCGAUCUCACACCGGACAUGGAACAGCGAUACAAGGUCAACAUCUCCCGACUGUACUGCAGCGUCUGCCUCAUGGCCAACAUGAUAGACUCUACAUUGGCUAUAUGCUUCUGCAAGAGGCUCUGGUCACUCCGAGGCGCCGAUAGGGAGCUAGACUCGAGCUUGAGAUACGUCUGCUACGUUGCGCUAGGCGUUGGCCUGUCAACGGCUAUUACCGUCCUGGCAGUGGCUUUCAUGUUCCUCCUGGGCAAGAGCGACAGUUUCCGCCUCAUCGCAGAGCUGGUGCCACCUUGUUAUGCUGCCAGCUUCUAUCUCUCUCUCCUCAGCCGAGAGAAGAUCCGCUCCACAAUCAGAACGCGACACACCCGCCGGGUGCAAGCAGCCGAAGUGCACGUAGACAACGUCCUAGACGUCGAAAACGGUCCCGUCUGCCUAGAGAGGACGCAGACGCGCGUCGAACCAGUAGAGGCCAGCCAGAGCAUGGCGGCACAGCUCCAGCGGACUACCCCCAAGGGCUCAGAGGGCGAUGAAGAGUCCCUCACGCUCUCCCAAAUCCUGCGCGAUGGGAACACAGAUGCCAACGAGAAGCACCGAGCUUUGCGGCGCUCUUCUUCCUCCUCCUCCUCCUCCUCCUCCGAUGCUCCUCCCUCGCCCUCCCCCUCUUCCGACGCUGUAGGUCAUCCCGACAUACCCUUGUGCAGAGCAGAAUCGGCCUCCACUGCAGCAUCUGCCUCGUCUGCCCUCAUGGGAAGCCUGCGCACCUGGGUUGGGGGCAACUCACCUUCUUUGUCCCCAAAAGAAAGCACGGAAGGCAGGAGUAUGGAGGCGCUGCGGAAGGAGGACAGUCGCAGCUUGUAAGCUGGCGAGCAGAGAGAAGUGAACAUCUUUGGCGACAGAUUUGCCCUUCAAGGUCCUUCCAUGUAGCCCUUCCCUUACUCUGCCCUCUUCUCCUUCUCCUUUACUAUCCC